GCUGAUGAAAGAUUAAUUGGAAGAAUUUUUGAAGCAGAUUGAAAUGAAAUAUUUCAAAUUUGAUCGAAACAUUUCAUGGCAACCGUUGCUUACCGUUGCUUGGAAACUUGUUUAUUGGUGUUCAAUAUUGUUUUUUUUUUUUUCUGCACGGCAACAGCACCUGUUUGCGUACUGAAAUUUGUUUCUAUCUAGCUAUUGAAUUCCCAUUUAGUUAAAUGAAGUAUAAGUUAAUAAAAUUGAUAUUUUAAUCCCUUUUACCAAAAUAUCCCCCCUUUUGAACCGAUAGCGCAGCACAGCAUGGCACAGCUAAAGUCAUCUACGUCGAACGAAGCGAAAAGUGAUACCUACUCCAAGCACAACUUCGAACCGGACGAUGAGGAGGUGUCGAUGAUAUUUGGUUUCGAGGAAACUGAUGCCCGCCAGAAGCUGCACAACUUCCCGAAAUGUUCGCGUUUGGUAAUCAGUCCCGACCUGCAGGCCGAGCUCGGGAUGGAAAUCGGUACGGCCGUCAGUGUGGAGCACCCGUGGAAGGAGAUCAAGAAGGAGAUGCUGGAGGACCAUUUGCCGGGCAAAACGAAGGUUCAGCGGCAGCUAAAGGACAAGCUGAAGGACAUGGAACCGGGCAAGCUGAUCCUGGUCGGGUACCUGCCGGACCAGAGCACCGAGGAGGAGGACCUGUUUGCGGUGUUUACCGACAAUCGGGAAACGCGCGAAGCGCGUGAACUGAUACGGCGCUUGGAGCUGGUGGAACGGUUAUCGGCGGCGGCAGCAAUGAGGAAGAAGCCGCGCCGAUGGCAGUCACGUGGCAGUGAGCAGGAUGUGGAAAAUUUUAUACCACUGAAGCGUACCAACGUGGUCAAUGUGGAGUCGCAAAGCAUCUACCCGGCACAGCGCGUCAGCUCGUUGCGCCGGUUUCAGUUGCGGAUGGUGGGGGACGCACGGGACGGCUAUGUGGAGCUCGUGCCGAAAACAGUUUUCCGUACCAUCGUCCGAAAGUCGAUCGAUUUCGGUGUACAGCUGCGGCCACAAAAGGUGCACACAUUUCAGCAGACCGAUCCAACGUUUCCCACCAAUGCCUGGUCGCAGUAUCUGUACGAGAUUGGUAGCGAGCCGAAGAUGGCUACCGUGGCGACGACCACCACCACGGCAACAUCCGGUAGUACCGGUCCCGCCGGUCAGCCAGUAUCGCCGAGCGAUCACGUCGAGCAGCUGCUGCAGACGCUAGAGUUCAAUCAGAUCGAUAUGUACCGGAACGAUUAUCCCAUCAUAUCGCGCCACAAGUCGAUCCACAAGUACGAGACGCCGAUAGUGGAGGAAACGAUGUGCUUCAUGGAUCGGUCCACCUGUGCCAAUAGACAUGUGUCCGCCAUCGAGUGGCAUCCUCAGCUGACGGGCACGUUUGUGGCCGCUUACGUUCACCACAUUCCAAGCGUACAGAUGGCGGUCCCGCGAGCCGGGAACUUAGCCGACGGACAGGAGGUUGCUGCCGGCAUGCGAACGAUACCCUCGGGGGCAAUGGUCGGAGGCAGCGGUAGGGAGGACGCGAUAAAUCGUCUCGUGUUCGAGAAGUGUCCCGUGCUGGCGUGGAACUUUGAAGAAUCGCUCGUACCGAAGCUCUGGCUGGACUCACCGCGCGAAGUGACCGCACUCUCCUUCUGUCCGUACGAUGGCCGUCUGCUGGUUGGCGGGCUUUCCAGCGGCCAGAUCGCUAUCUGGGAGCUGACGGACGCACAGCUGGAACACACCGGACCGCGGACGAGUGGCAGAGAGCACAAACACCCUGGACAACAUCCCACCCCGGACAUGUAUCGGAGCGAAAUCAAGCUACUGCUCGGUAACGCUACACCGUCGAACCGGUUGGCCCGGGGCCAUUCGGCCAGUGCCGGUGGGCAGGGACACGGCACGCUAAAGGACGGUACAGGCGCACCGGAAACGCCGUGGCAUGUGCGUCCGGCCGUCAUCAGCGCCCUCGACCGAUCGGCACGCAAACCGAUCACCGUGAUCCGCUGGUUGCCACAGAACUAUCACGCCGUCACCACCGGGCAGCUGCGCGUCAACAGUGCCGAGGAUGGACCGGGCCGAUUCCUACUGACGGCCGCACUGGACGGUACCGUCUCCAUCUGGAAUCUCGACCUGUCGAUCCCGGCCGCGCUGACGGCUCACGCGCAGGACAAGCAGAAGGGCGCCGGCGAGCUGGAUACGGUCGGCGAUACGACCCCGACCGGAGGCGGACUGGCCCGACUGAACCACGUGUUCCAUCCGACGUUCCGGGUACGGUGCGACGUGCCGAUCGUGACGCUGGCACUGGACGAGCAACCGAUCUCGUUACGCGGUGGUGGACCGUCGGGCACGUUCCAGCUGCCGCCGGUCAUCUGCCACCAGGCAUUCAUCGCCGGCACCCUGCUCGGUGGGCUGUUCUGGGGCAAAUGGGACGGGUACGAGUUCGAUCAGGGUGCGGUCGUGAAUGAGGAGCCGAUGCGCGACCGGGACACCUUUGCGGCGGUACACAACGGACCACUGGUGGCGAUCGCACGCAACACCUUCGUGCCGGAGGUACUGCUGACCGCGGGUGGCAGCGUGCUGGCCCUCUGGACGGCCGAUUGUCGCCAGUCGCCCAUCUUCUGGCGCGUCAAGCCUGCGUCCGUGACCGCCUGCGUGUGGAGUCUCGAUCGACCGUCGGUGUUUUACGUCGGACUGGCGAACGGUGAUUUGGAGAUUUGGGAUCUGCAAAUUCACACAUCAACAGCCUGCGUUACGCUAAAUCUCGGUGCGAACGUACUUUCCAUCAUCACACAGCAGCAACAUCGCCGCACACCUCAGCGCCAUCUGGCGGUGGCCGAUGGGAACUGCAAUGUGCGGCUGCUCAGCAUCCCGGCCGCAUUUGCCGAACCACGGGUCAGCGAACGGAAGCGUUUCCGGCAGCUGAUACGGGCCGAGCUGGCCCGCAAGCACGACCAGUCCGCUUGGGUCGAGCGCUACUACGAGCAGAACCGUGAGCAGAUCGAGGCGAAGCUGUGCGCGGAACGGGAGGCACGCGAGCUGGCCGAACGGCUCGAGGUGGAAAAGCAGGAGCACGAUGACUUUCUGCGCCGGCAGGCGAUCGAGGAAGCGAAGAAGAAGGCACUGCGUGAUGCGGAAAAGCGUGUCGAUCUGAGCCGGCGGCUCGAGGGUCGAUGGCGUUCGCGCUACUACCGGGCCCUGAUUCGCACCAUGAUGGCCCGGCGCCAUCUUAGCCCGGAGCUGCUGGCGAAGCAGAUGCACCCGGAGCGCGAACGCCGCCGGUACGAUGUGCGGAAGCGGGCCACGAUUGGCGAGAGUGUUGCGGCCGCCCCCGAAGACUACCGGCGCGUGCAGGGCACGCUGGAACCGGGUGAGGCUGCCCGGGCAAGGGUUGCGCCGCUCGCACUCAACGACGAGGCGACCCGGUUGCGGGAAACGGUGCGUGCCCGGUUUCAGGAGGAGAUGAGCGACUAUCCUCGCGUCAGCUGGGAAGCAAAGGAGGUCCUGCGUAACUUCCGCUUACCACUCGAGCUGGACAGUGUGGUCAGCAUCAUAGCGAAGGGUCGGGCUCGGCGCGAGCUCGUACUGUCGGACGAUCACGGCAACUUGGAGCAUCUGCAGGCGUACCUGGCAAAGCAGACGGCCCGCGGUUCGGCUGGCGGUUGUGGCGGUAUGGACGGGCCAGCCAACGGGGACGAGUCGGAGAGCACCGUUACGAACGUUAGCCCGGAGGUGCGACGUGCCGUUGGAUUGCAACGGGCCCGCUCGGUGACGUUUCUGGACGACGUGCCGAAACCAAGUCCCGACCUGCAGGGCUAGAUAGAAGCGGGGAAGCGGGGGUAGAGGGGGGGGGGAUUUAGAACGAUAGCAACGGUACUCAAAACUGGAACUCCCACUCCUCGUCAAGCAAAGGUUUUCUGGACCCCAGGGCUUUCAAGUCCCGUUACGGACGAUCGGUUUUUUUUUGAUCGCCCAGUUGAUAUGACAGGUGAAGAGUAGUCAAGUUCGAACUGUUUCUUGUUUUUUGUGAGGCGUAGCGGUACUUUUCGCGACACUCGUGUGAUGUAAAUUAGGUGACUUUGAUCGACGGAGACGAAGAUGGAUUACGAAAUGUGGACAUAGUUCUUGGUGAGGUGCUGCACCGAGGAUAGGAUGUAUGGGGUGGGGGGAGGGAGAGUGUCAUGGAAGCGAGCAGCACGUAACGACGUGCUCUGAAACUAGUUGGCUAGCAAAUGUUUUUAAUCCAACGUAGAAUAUCCAAAAGGAACGGUUCAUUGUCAUGCAAACCCGGCCGGGUCCAACAUGGCGGAACAUCGCUUAAUGGCUGUCUGCUUAAGAAAUCUAAUAAUAAACAUGAGAACAUUGUUUAUUCA